UUGUAAAAUGAAAAAAUUCAUUGAUUUUCGUUUUAUAUUUACAAUCAUUAUUCUUUCUAUAAUGAUAAUGAUGAUAACUGAAAUAUCAGCAACAAGAAAACGUUGUUUUGCAUGUCGUUCACGUGGUAAUCUUGGUGAUUGUAAAGAUCCAUUUGAAUAUAAUGCAACAACAUUUGAUGGUAUUUAUGGUUCGCAUCCAAUUGAAAUACAACCAUGUGCAUCUGGUUGGUGUGGAAAAUCAAUCGAAGAUGAAUCCGAAGGUACACAUAUAAUGGCAACUGAACGUAUGUGUUUAUUACGUCCACCAAGCGAUGGUAAAGAACGUUGUUCGAAAACAUUUCUAAGUAAUAGCCGUAAAACAUUUUUUAUGUGUUUUUGUAAAGGUGAUCUUUGUAAUAGUGCUGGCGCUAUUAUGUUUUUAAAUUCUAUUAAUAUUUCAACUAUAUUUUCUAUAUCUGGUUUAAUAAUUUUUCUUACUAUUUAUAUUAUAUCUGAUUAAUCGGAUUUUACAAAAAAAAAUCAACUUUUUUUCCUAUUAUCAUUCAUUCAUUUAUCAUUAAAUCUGGUCAAAUAUCAUCAAC